AACAGUUGUCGCAAUAAUCAACGUUUUACGGCAGCGAACGUCCAACGUGGUUGGACGGUUUGUGCCGUAAAGCGUGUUGGUUAAAGAACGCAUGGGACAGAGCUGGGACGUCGUGUGUGAAUAACUUAAAUAUGGAGACCAAUUCAAGAAAAAAACUUUCUUCGCCAGGUGGAAAGAAGCUCCCAAAGAAAGGAAAAGAUUCCAUAGGAACCAAGCUUGGUGGAAAGCCAGGGAGUAAACCAGGCGGUAAAAAGCCCUUUAAACCGUACGAUAAAGAGAAGAAGAGACUACAGAGUAAGGGGGGAGAUGGCAAGAAAGAACACAAACCUUUCUCCAAAGGUGGGAUGGGGCAGAGGAAAAGAAAAUUGUCAUUUGCUGGUGAAAAAGGUCCGGACGCUAAAAAGACAAAGAAAGGUGAGUUUAAGCCAAAGAAGGCGGGACUGACAAAAGAAGAGCUUAAGAAGAACAGGCAGCAGAUAAAGAAGGAUCUGAAGAAGAGCAGACAGCAGGCAGAGAGGCAGGACAUGUUCCAGAUCAUCUGCCAUGCCAAAAAAGUGUGGGGAGACCUAAGGAGGAAGAACUGUGACACUGAACUGAAGAAGAAACUGAUGUCUGAUCUUCACAAUCUGAUCCGGGGGAAGAUCAAACAGAUGGCGUUUGCUCACGACUCUGUGCGAGUGCUGCAGUGUUUCAUCCAGUUUGGCAGCAACGAACAGAGACAAGAGGUGUUUGAUGAGCUCAAAGAUGACAUAAUCAGUUUGUGUAAGUCGCAGUAUGGUAGACAUAUGGUGAAGAAACUGCUGAUGUAUGGGGACAAGGAGACUGUGGCAGCUGUGAUGCAAACAUUUAAAGGUCACGUGCGCACGAUGCUUCGCCAUGCUGCUGCCUCCACCAUCAUCGAGUACGCCUACAAUGACAAAGCCAUUCUCUCCCAGAGGCUCAUGCUCACCGAGGAGCUUUAUGGGAACACCUUCACUGUUUGUAAGUCGUCCGUGUGUAACACCAUUGAGAAGGUGAUAGAGGCCAACCCAGAUAAGAGAAACAACAUCAUCGACGAGAUGAAGCAGAUUCUUACACCCAUGGCACAAAAAGAACAGGUGAUCAAACACUCACUUGUCCACAAAGUCUUCCUGGACUUCUUCCUACAUGCGUCUGACAAACAGAGAACCGAGAUGAUCGAGUCCAUCAGAGAGGCGGUCGUCUACAUGGCUCACACACACGAUGGUGCACGUGUAGCCAUGUAUUGUCUGUGGCACGGGACGGCGAAGGACAGAAAAGUUAUCAUCAAAACAAUGAAGACAUACAUGGUGAAGUUUGCUACGGGGGAAUAUGGUCACCUGGUUCUUCUGGCCAUAUUUGACUGUGUGGAUGACACCAAGCUGGUCAAACAGGCAGUGCUCUCAGAGAUCCUGUCAUCUCUUGAUGAGGUCAUCAAUAACAAAUAUGGUAAGAAGGUUCUGUUGUACCUGCUGAGUCCCAGAGACCCAGCUCACCUUCUGCCAGAGAUCGUCAAGUUGCUGGAGAAAGGAGACGGAAACGCACACAGCAAAAAAGACACAGCCAUUCGGAGGAAGGAGCUCCUGGAUGUCAUCUCCCCGCUGCUGCUAGACUAUGUCUGUGAAAAUGCUUCCACCAUGGUGAUGGACAAGGCGACCAGUGUCACCAUUAGUGACAUCUUGGCGUCAGCGUGUGGUGAUCUGAGGCCUCCGAUGACAGCCAUUGCUCAGUUGGCCAAUCACAAGUUGGUUCCGGGAGGGAACAAUGGAGAGCUUCACAUGGCAGAGCAUCCAGCAGGGCACCUGGUGCUGAAGUGGCUUAUUGAACAGGACAUGACACUGGCAGAGGGUGGUAAAGACGAGCGCUUCAGCAGGAUCCUGGUGGACACAGUAGGAACAGACACACUGAAGACAUGGGCCAAAGUUAACAGGGGAGCAAUGGUGCUGUGCAGCCUCCUGAACAGCUGUGACAAGUCUGUGGCUGCGGAGGUGAAAUCUGCUCUCAAGUCAAUGUCUUCAGAGCUCAGAAGCAUCAGCAACAACAAAGGAGCUGAAAUCCUGCUGGAGAACUUGAACAAGUAGACACUUUAUUUAACAACGUGCUCUUCACAUCAGCAUGGACAGAGGCGUUCCCAACCAGACUGACAGUGGCUGUAGCUGCAGACUGUUGGGAGGGAACAAUGGAGGAUGUUGGAACCAAACACGUUUAAAAUGAGACUCUGUUGUGUGAUCACGUACACGUCAUAAACCCAAACUAUCUAUGAUGGGUCAUCUUUGUGAGCUCAUGCUAAGGACUACAGCACAGUAGUCACAGAAUCUGAACAGUAUUUGAUUUGUGCUGUUUGUUUUUGAGCAGUAAUGUGACUGAUAAUUAUCAGCAGAGGAAACGGAGUUUAAAAGCAGAGAUUUUAUAAAGCUAAUGGUAUUAAAAUGAUCUUUCCCAUAAA